CAAUGAGUGCUCAGGCAUAUUACGAGCUUUAUCGCGGCAGCAGUAUUGGCUUGUCUCUCACGGAUACUCUUGAUGAUUUGAUCAACGAGGGGCGAAUCGAACCUCAGCUUGCGAUGAAGAUACUGUCAAAUUUCGAUCGCGUCAUUACAGAGGUCCUUGCUGAUAAAGUUAAAGCCAGGCUCUCUUUCAAGGGCCAUUUGGAUACCUAUCGCUUCUGUGACGAGGUCUGGACGUUCCUCAUUAAAGAUGCCACCUUCAAGCUCGAUAAUCAGACCACUGUUCACGCGGAUAAGGUGAAAAUUGUGAGUUGUAAUAGCAAGCGCCCGGGUGAGGUAUGAACUGGUGCUGGAGCUAGGUUGCCAUUUUUGUUUUCAGUCUUCGCAAUGUCAUACAGGAAAGGCGCAUAUGGAGUUCGGCAUUUUUCUCUACGGAAGUCUUGAUGGAAGGCUUGAUAGAAUGCUUGAUGAAUGGUAGUAGGCAUUUGUCUCCCUUUACUUUUCGAAUGUGAUUUUACAGGCAAGGGAAUUUUUGCGAUUUAAACCAGCACAACAGACUAAAUAGCUCGUGCCCAAUGAUACCACCAUAUUUUCCUUAACCUGA